UGCCCCCAUACCUCUCAAGCUACAUCCGCCCCUGAUAACACCAGCCUUCCAUUCAUUGAGCUGCGUUGUUUGGAGCAUUUGGAUCUUAGCUGGAACAACCUCCAGCUGACAGGCCAGAGCCUCUCAUUCUUAAUUGGAAACCCCAAGAAUAAGAAUGGUAGUAUGGAUUCCAUUCAACAUCUCAGCCUUCCAUUCAAUAUGCUGCGCAAUUUGAUAUAUUUGGAUCUUUGCUGGAAUAGCCUCCAGUUGGUAGGCCGCAACAUCUUAUCUUUGAUUGCAGACCGCAAUAUUAGAGCUCCCCUUCUGUAUCUCUAUCUAAGGUGCACCAGAAUUGGUGGCACCAUUCCUGAAAAUUUUGGAAACAACAUGUCUGCCCUCAGAGAACUUGGUCUCGAUUAAUAGGUUCGAUUCCUGCAAAUUUUGGAAACAACAUGAAGAUCCUUACAUACCUUGAUCUCAGCAAAAAUAGCUUAGAUGGCUCCAUUCCUGAAACAUUUGGAAAGAUGGUUAAGCUGACUUACCUUUCCCUGCAACUGAAUCAGUUGACAGGUCACAUUCCUGAAGCUCUAGGGAAUAUGUCUGUCCUUGAAGAGCUUCAUCUUUGGGGUAAUAAACUUGAAGGAGAACUGGAGAAAUCCCGAAAUCCAUUUGGAACAUAUGCACUCUGCAGGUCCUGAGAUUGAAUUACAACCGUAUAACUGGAAGCCUAAACAUAUCCACAUCACGCCCACACCGCCCUCUUCAGGUCUUACAUUUAGGUAACAACCACCUAGAUGUGGUCAUUUCUGAACAUCACUUAGUUAAUAUCCCCAAUCUACGUGUUCUGCAAUUAUCGCCAAACUUCUGAUUGGCUUCCCCCUUUCCAAUUGGAAGUAAUAAACCUUCAUUCUUGCAAGUUGGGACCUGAGUUUCCAAAUUGGCUUAGAACUCAAGUCACUUAUUCGUACCUUGAUAACUCCUGUAAUGCCAUCUCAGAUGUCAUUCCAUCAUGGUUUGGGAAUUCAAAUGCUCUAUGUAGUCACAUUAAUGCUUCGUAUAACGAAAUCAAGGGAACAAUUGGAAAUGGUGCUCAAGUAUCAUCGUGGUUUAGAAAUAAAAUCACUCUACUGGAUUUGAGUUCAACAAAUUAUAUGGUGUCAUUCCGCCCUUUUUCUUCAGUGUGGAAUCACUGUAGCUUUCUGGGAAUAAGUUCACUAAACUCAACUCCCUAUGUGACUUUAAGGAAACAACUACUUCUGAAUCUUCACGUAUCUCAUUCAUAGAUAUCUCAUCCAAUCAACUCUCAGGAACACUUCCGGAUUGGUUGUCAAGUCUCUCUCGUCUGCAAGUUCUCAACUUGGAAAACAAUCACAAUCUAUCAGUAAGUCUUCCAACUUCCUUUGGAUCAUUGAUUUCCCUGGAUACAUUGCUUCUUGACCAUAACAGUUAUAUAAGCACUCUACCUUCAUCCAUGAAAAACUGUUCCUUCUUGAUAGUUUUAAGUUUGGGACACAACUUGUUUGGACAAAUACCAGAUGGGGUGAAUGAAUAUUUAACAUGCCUUGCUAUACUGUCUCCAAAUCUCUUCAACUUGUUUAAAAUCUACAACUUGUACAGCAGCUAUAACUCUUCUUACGUCUUCAUUUGCUUUACUAUUUUUAAUCUUUGUCAUUUAAAAAAAAACUUUUAUUCAAUUAAAUAUGGGGUUUGAAUAUGACUUGUUUGCAAACAAUACAGUUUGAACAAUAUUGAGUAGAUUUUAUAGACUAAUAUAUCAAAAACAUAAAUAUAAAUCCAUAAUAAUAAUAAAAUAGUAAGAAAUAACAAAAAAGGACAAUGAACACAUAAAUUGUGGAUGUGGGUAAAAAAUUCAUUGAAUCAUUUCAACAAACAUCUUGUAGGCAUAAAAGUGAAAUAGAACAAUUUGAAUUAAAAUUUAAUAAUAAACAUCACAAAUCUAUAACAAUAUAUCAAUGUAAUGAUUGUAAUCAAGCAUAAAAUCAAAAAACACAAAUACGUCGACGCCGUUUGGGAAUACUGUUUUUCGGUUUAUCAGACUUAUCAGUUGACUUUUUCACCAAACACGUAACUUUUGUUUUGGCGCACUGUAUUACCAUUUUAGCUAUUUUUAUACAUAUUUUUUCUUUAUUUUAUUAAUAAAAUAUAUUUGAAAAAUAAUAUUUUCUUAAACCAAUCGAAUGAACCGAUUUUCAUGUUACCAAACGGGUUUUAUUGUAAAUUUACAAAUGAACCAUGCAGAGAAAAUAGUAGGUUGAAAUUUACAUUGAAAAAAGUGGCUGCUCGUAUAUUCAAAUUCGACCAUCUUUAAUCUUUAUCCCUGCCGUCUGCCACAAUUCGAGCCCAAGAGCGUUGCUCAUGCUCGGUCGGACUAGGGAUUUGGGAAAGAAACAAAACGGGCGAUGAGACGCAAGGUACGUAAUGGACGGUGGAAGAACGGGCUAAAGCGUGUAUGAGGUUUCUACAAUAGCUUGACUUGACUUUGUAGCGCGCGGGGUGGAAGUUGAAAUGCAUGAGACGCGUACAAAAAGAUAGAGAAGCUUUAGCUCACUGACCACAGAAAAUCAGAACAUGGGCGGAUCGAUUUUAUCGUCUGCGAGUUGGUUGGUGGUGAUGAGUGUGGCUGCUGCAUUAUCAAUAUCCAGUUCCAGUGCUAGUAAAUGCAGUGAUGGGGAGAGAGAAGUGCUCCUCACCUUUAAGAAAAACGUUAUCGACGAGUUCCGCCGGCUAAGCUCUUGGGGCAACCACACUGAAGAUUGUUGCUCCGGGUGGGAGGGAGUUGGGUGUGAUAACCUUACUGGUCAUGUCAUUAAGAUUGAUCUUCAUGGUAUGUCUCUGUCCUCAAAUGUUAGACAUAACAGCAUUCCAUUCAUUGAUGAGCUGCACUAUUUGACGUAUUUGAAUCUUAAUGAUAACCCCGAGUUGCUCCGAGGCCAGAAUAUCUCAUCUUUGAUUGGGAACCACAUGAGUAAUAACGCUAGUACUAUAGUUUCCCUUCAACAGCUUAGUCUGAAAUUCAGCAGAAUUCAUGGCACCAUUCCUGAAGAUUUUGGAAAGACCAUGCCUGCUCUCAUGCACCUUGAUCUCAGUCAUAAUAACUUGGAAUGCUCCAUUCCUCAAAAUUUUGGAAACAACAUGCCUUCCCUCACACACCUUGAUCUCAGUUAUAAUAAUUUAAAAGGUUCCAUUCCUGAUAAUUUUGGAAAGAGUAUGUCUGCCCUAACCCACCUUGAUCUCAGUUAUAAUGGAUUAAAGGGUUCCAUUCCUGAUACUUUUGAAAACAGCAUGCCUUCACUCGCGUACCUUAAUCUCGCUCAUGAUAGUUUGGAAGGUUACAUUCAUGAAAAUUUUGGGAACAACAUGCCUUCCCUUACGCACCUUGAUCUCAACUACAAUAGUUUAGAAGGUUCCAUUCCUAAAAAUUUUGGAAAGAGCAUGCAUGCCCUCACACACCUUGAUCUCAGUUAUAAUACUCUAAAUGGUUCCAUUCCUGAUGAUUUUGGAAACAACAUGCCUUCCCUCACGCACCUGAAUCUUAGUCAUAAUAGUUUAGAAGGCUCCAUUCCUAAAAAAUUUGGGAACAACAUGCCUGCCCUCAUGCACCUUGAUCUCAGUUAUAAUAAUUUAGAACGAUCCAUUUCGGAAAAUUUUGGAAACAGCAUGCCUGCCCUCGUGCACCUUGGUAUCAGAUAUAAUAACAUAGAAGGCUCCAUUCCUCAAAAUUUUGGAAACAACCUGCCAACCCUCACAUACCUUGAUCUCAGUCAUAAUAAGUUAAUAGGUUCCAUUCCUAAAAAGUUUGGAAACGACAUGCCUACCCUCACAUACCUUGAUCUCAGUUAUAAUAAGUUAGAAGGUUCCAUUCCUGAAAAUUUUGGAAACAACAUGCCUACCCUCACAUACCUUGAUCUCAGUUAUAAUAAGUUAGAAGGUUCCAUUCCUGAAAAUUUUGGAAACGGCAUAUCUGCCCUCACAUACAUGGGGAAUCCUGGGCUAUGUGGAGAUUCGCUUCCUAACAGCUGUCCAGGAGAGAAACCAACUCAUCCUUCUCCACCUGCAUUCCAUGAAGAAGAAGAAGAACAAGAAGAAGAACAAGAAGCGGAAGAACUAGAAGAAGUAGAAAAAGAAGAAGAAGAAAAAGAAGAAGAAGUAGAAAGGGCUUAUAAUAUAGAAGACACAGAUAAGGUUAUUGGCAGUGAUGAGUUUUAUGCAAGCAUGGGGGUCGGAUAUACGGUUGGAUUUUUGGGAGUUUUUGGGACAAUGCUAUUCAACAGGUCCUGUAGGUUUGCAUAUUUCAAAGUCCUUCAGGAUGCUGCAAAUUGGGCAUAUGUUGUGGCUGCAAUCCAUAAGGCAAAGUUUGUGAGAAUACUUGGGGGUUAACAUGUCAGCCUAAUUACCUUUAUCCUACGUACAUUUUUCUUUCAAUUUUUUUCUUUAAUACUGGUUUGAUGGUUUGAUUUGUUGUCUGUUUAAUUUUUUUUGGAGUAAGGGGAACUUUUACCCCCCUUACCCCACCGUAGGUGGGAGCCUUUGCGGCACGGGGGUAAAUGAAAAUGAUAUGAGUAAGGGGAACUUUUGUCUCUUUAAUUAUUGUCUAGCCCAUUUUGAUUAAAAUCUUUUUAUUCCACCUUUGUCAAGCGUGCUCUAAGAAUAUAGAAACACAGUUUCUUUCUGAGUGAACCUGUCUUAUUUUAUCCCUGGUUUUCUUUAGUUUGGAUAUAUAUAUAUAUAUAUAUAUAUAUAUACAUAUAUAUAUACACAUAGAAUUUGGAUAAAAUAAAAAUAAGUCUUAACGUGUAAAAUGAGAAUUAAUCUCAGCCGUCCAAAGUGUCGAUCUGAUGCACAAUAACCCCUAUCUGAUGCACUUUCAAAUAGACCUUAUUUGAUGCCCUUUUUCGAAAAGUGCAUCAAAUAAGGUCUAUUCGAAAGUGCAUCAAAUGGAGGUCAUUGUGCAUCAGAUCUGCACUUUGGACGGCUGAGAUCAAUUGUCAUUUUACACGUUAAGAUGUCUUCUCAUUUGAACUCAUCCAUAUAUAUAUACUUAGUAUAUAUAUAUAUAUAUAUAUAUAUAUAGAGAGAGAGAGAGAGGAAUGUUCAAUUCCGAACAUUCCUCGUCCGAGCACCGUCCGAACAUGGACGUUUGGGCCACUCCCCGGUGGAAUUUUUUGAUGAAAGCUUUUGAGCAUGUUUCUCAUCAAGUCUAGUUUGUCCAUACCAAAUUUCAGCUCAAAAUUAGAUCAGGAAGGCAUUCAAAUCAUUUUUUGAAGUUGACUGCGUCAAAAUAUACAUAUAAAAACGCAGUCAACUUCACAAAAUUAUUUGAAUGCCUUCCCGAUCGAAUUUUGAGCUGAAAUUUGGUAUGGACAAACUAGACUUGAUGAGGAACAUGCUCAAAAAAAUUCAUCAAAAAAUUCCACCGGGAAAGACCCCAAACGAGGAUGUUCGGACGGAGGGUCCUGUCCGAACGUUUGGACCUGAUCAUUCUUGUUUAUAUAUAUAUAUAUAUAUAUAUAGGGAAAACUAGCAAAUAGGCCCUUGUAAAUUCAUAAUAUAUUAAAAAGUCAAUCAAGACCUUGAACUAAACAAACACCCAAAUAAACCCAUCAACUUUACAAACAUCCAAUGUUCCAACUUGCUGCGUUCAGCGUGUUUUGCAUUUCAUAUGCUGCAUAUCAAUCAAGCAUAAAUAUUCCAAAGUUUUUAUUACUUUAUCUCAGCUAUAUAUUUUUAUUAUGUUGCUAGUUGAAGGUAACGAGCUGCACAUUUCAUGUGUUUAUCAUGUUUAAACUUUCAGAAGUUCAACAUUAUUAGUUGACGACUUGACGUUAAUUAAUAAAUAUGGAGUAAUAAAACUAACAAACAAGUGAGAAGAGUUGUAGCUGCUGUAGUAUGAACCCAAAUGCUAUGCAGCCACCAUCACGGGUAUAUUUAACAUAGAUGCAGCUGAUGAGUGGAGUUUUGGCGUCUGGUAAUAUCUCAGAUACAUGAAAUUUGCAAUGGUGAAGAAGCCAUUAACUCUUACUACUGACUCUUGAAACCGCAUGGCCACAUCAAUGCAGAGCCUAAUUAAUAUCACUUUGGAAAUAGGGUUUAGGAGGGCCAAGUCUGUUGAGGUUUUAGAAACACUCCAUUUGGCAUGAUAUAUGUAUCCCGAUAAUGAAGAACAUGGCCGUGUAUUUUACUGAUCAAAGUGCAGUUAUUUCAUUCUUUAAGAUGGUGUUUUUAUAUUAUGGGAGAUGAUUUAGCGGUUGGUAGUUGUAGAAACUAAAAGAUUGAAUAAUUUGGGCACAUUAUAGAAUGAUCCCCCGUAUUUAGAUGGUGAAAACUUAUCAUUUUAUCGGAAUCCAUUUUGCUUCCCUUAAACAAUGUGCAUAUAUAUAGGAAUCCACAUCUAAGCUGAUUGGGGUGUUGUUUUUACUUUUUAAGGAGGGCGUUUCUUUUACCUAAUUGGAUGUUUUGUUGUUUUUUUAUGGGGAAUGAUAGCAGUACCAAACUACAAAUUGAAAGGUCAACCUUUUAGGCCGUUUGAUGAAUAUGAAGAUCAUUCUUGUUUGAAGUAACUCACCUUAUGUUACUUCAAACCUUUUGUCAUUCUGUUUUUAGUCAUUACGUUUCAGAUUGGCAGCACAACAUUAAUUUUCCUCAAUUUUCCGCUCAAAAUGGUGAUGGCUCAUACAGUCAUACAUAUAAACUGCCCAGUUAACUUCAAGAAAUUAUUUGAGUGUCUUCCCGAUUGAAUUUUUAGCUCAAAUUUGGUAUGGAUAAACUAGACUUCAUGAAGAACACGCUCAAAAAAGUUCAUCAAAAAAUUCCACCGGAACGUGCCCCAAAUUCCCUCGGCCGGACGGCGGUUCCCAUCAGGCCGGCUGGACAUGAAAAGUCCUCUGUAUACCCCAUCCGAUCCCGGAAUAUAGCCGGGCCGGUACCGGGCCUCCAUUUCCCCAACCCGGUCCUGCCCUUAACCCGACCCGGACCCGCUCCCGACCCAGGACUGGUGCAUCCCUAUUGGUUGGGCCUGUUUCUAGAUAGGGUCAUGUGCAGGGGCGGAGGGAGGGGGUGGCCUGGCUGGGCCAUGGCCCAGGGUAAUUUUUAAUAUUUUUGUAUUAUAUAUUUAGUUUUUAACUUUUUUUAGAAUUGGUCCAAGCAAGAAAAAUACUGGCCCAGUGUAGAUCCAUUCUGGCCCAGUGCAAAAAACGGUCCAAUGCUAAUCUUAACCAAAGAAGCAUAGCAGCAAGACAGAUAUGGAUAAUCCUUGACUUUUGAGUGGAUUACAGCUGGAUUCCAUUUUGGUUUAAUGUUUGUUUAGGCUUGAAAUAAAUUAGUGGUUGCCACGAAUUUUACUAUGUUUUUAUUUAUGUUUCUUGCAAUGUUUUUAAUUAUUUAUAUUCAACUUUUUUUCUUUAUUAUUAGUGAAGUUUUACUUUUUCAUAAUAUUUGAAUUUUUGUGUCAAGUAUAGUCGUAUAUAUUGUUUAAUUUGGAUUAGAUUAAUAUAGAAAAGAUCAGGUCCCUCCGGAGGGACGGGAGGGACCAUCCGGCCAAGGCCAUUAGAGGCCCUUCCCGGUGGAAUUUUUUGAUGAAAUUUUUUGAGCAUGUUCCUCAUCAAGUCUAGUUUAUCCAUACCAAAUUUCAGCUAAAAAUUCUGUAACACCGUCCCCAAGUAUAUUUACUUUUGUGUAAAUUAUGUAUUGAACCUUAUGAAAUGGUUAAUGAAUUUACGAGGUUGUAAAUUUUUGUCAAUUCUUUUGCGCGAAUAGUAAAUUGCACGUGAGGCCCACACCGGGAGCGGGGACCACCCGAUAUUCCCGAGACCGCAUAUUUUAUUCAUCUUGGUAUAGAUAAUAGUUAUAUGGUGGUGGACAUUCACCUUGGGCCAUAAGGAAGGCAUUGGGUUGACCGGUUGGUCAAACAAGACCUAAUUACCGGUUUUGGGUAAUUUAUCGGAUAACAGUCUGAAAUGAAUUUCGGGGACUUCCAAAUUAAAGUUAGAGUAUGUAUAAUCAUCCUAAAGGCCCAUUAUGAUGGGAAGUAAGUGUUAUAUUUUAUUUGACCCAAUAAAAUAAAAUAUAAUUUAAAACAGUCCGAGAAAUACAACUUUUGGGACCGAUUGUACAUUUCGGGACAAGUUUGGAUGACCUCCCACAUGAGUGGGGGCCAUCCCACGUUUUUGUGUGCAAGAGAGGACUAUUGAGAGCUGGAAGGACACAUGAUGGAGCAUGAAUAGAUGUGAGGAACAUGGUUGAAAAGCCAAAGGGCCCUUCCCAUUCACUCAUUGGUUAAGUGAGACAAAACAACCUCUCCACUCUCUCUCACCCAUCAUUCUCGACCAGCACCCCUCAAGGAAGGAGGGAGGAACCUUUCACACCAUCUUCCAUAGCUACACCUUGAGCUCAAACAAGGAGAAGUCCACAAAGGAAGUUUAAGGAGGGAAAAAGUGAGGAAAAACUUGGAUAAUUAAGGUGAUUUAUAAGCUUUCACGAAGUUUAAAGGGUCGCCGGAGUUAUCGCCGGAGUUCGUCAAAGUUCACCGGAGUUUGGCCGGAGUUCAACCGAGAAGGGUAGAACUUCAUCACGCUCAUUCGAGGUUGAAGCUCAAGCUUGCAUUCUCACCUUGCUCGGUGAAGUAAUCUGAAGGGAGACGUGGUUCGUGCUUCCUUUACUAUUUUAAACUAUAAACUAUGCUCAUGGAUAUUUUGUAAUAAGUACAUUUGUUUUGGGCCUGCGAGUCCACGUUUUGGCCAUAUGUGGCCCAUGAUUGAAUAUUGAAUAUUUCCGCGAUUCGUUCAAUCCAA